AUGCAUGCGUCCCGGCAAGAAGGUCUAGAUGUAUGGAAAAUUACUCGUUACAAUGGACCUCAUACGUGUUCAAAUCCAGCCAUCUCAAAGGAUCAUUACAAAUUGGAUUCAAAAAUUAUUUGUCAUUUCAUAAUGCCUUUAGUUGAACAACAACCGAGUGUAAAGAUUUCAGCCUUACAAGCUGAAUGUAAAGACAAAAUCGGUUAUGAACUUAGUUAUAGGAAAACUUGGAAGGCAAGACAUAUAGCAAUUGUAAAGAUUUAUGGAGGUUGGGAAGAAUCUUAUGGUCGGUUGAGACGAUUAAUGAUAACAUUGUGCAAGCAAAACCCUGGAUCUCCUGUCCUAAUUGAAGAUGAUGAAUUAUUUAUCGAUAAUCAUUUAGUUUUGGGAUACAAGGUUUUUGACCGGAUGUUUUGGUCAUUUAAACAAUUAAUUGAGGGAUUUAAGCAUUGUCGCCCUAUUAUAUGCAUUGACUCCACUUUUUUGUACGGGAAGUAUAAAGGCUGUUUAUUUUGUGCAACAGCCCUGGAUGGAAAUAACCAUAUCUUUCCCAUUGCAUGGGCCAUUGUUGAUUGUGAAGAUGGAAGGAAUUGGGACUGGUUUAUGAAAUGUUUAAGAGUGUUUGUCACUGACCGAGAAGAUAUAUGUGUCAUAUCGGACAGACACAAAGGGAUUAUAAAGGCAAUGCAGGAUGAUUGGUGGCAACCUCCUACAGCUCAUCACCGGUUUUGCAUUCGGCACAGCUUAAGCAAUUAUAAUACGAAGUUUAAGAAUUCAGUCAUGAAAGACGCAUUAUGUAAGGCUGCGCAUCAAAACCAAAAGAAGAAAUUUUAUGAAGCAAUGUACAAAAUUCGAGAUAUGCAUCAAGAAACAUAUGAUUGGGCAGUAAAGAUAGAUUCGCAAAAGUGGACUCGAUCUCAUGACGGAGGUAAAAGGUAUGGGUCAAUGACGACAAACACUAUUGAGUCAAUGAACGGAAUGCUUAAAGGAUUACGUGCAUUACCAAUAACUGCAAUGUUGGAACGAACAUUGAAAUGUUAUGAGUUAAUGUUCCAUGCUCUUGGAGAUGAAGUUUAUUGGCCAGAAUCAAAUGGCGAUCCUCUUGUUCCUGACUCAACAAGGAAAAGGCAGAAAGGGAGACCAAUGUCCAGUAGAAGGAAUAACAAAAUGAAUUGGAUGCUUAAGGGAAAAUUAAGGGAGAGGUCAACAAUCUACUGUUCCAUUUGUCGUGAACCAGGACAUAAUAGACAAAGUUGCCCUAUAAAGAAUGUAGAUCGUUAA